UUCUGUUUCUGGUCUUAGUUCAGAUGGUAGGGAGGGAAAUCUGCAGGCUGGCACCUCCCCCUUUGGUCAUGUGAUCACUGCUAGAUUUUCAAAAUCAAACUCUCUUGCCCUGUCUCCUGUCAGCAGAGAUAGGCAGGAGAAGGAGAGGAAGGAUGAUGGCUGUUUCUCCUCUGCCUGGCAGUCAGAGUAUUAAAAAACCACCCAGCUGAGGGAACAAUGAGUAAAGGAAUGUAGGGAUUUUGUGGAUGCAUGUCUGUGAGUGAUUGUGUGGUGAGGGAGAAGGGGUGGCUCCUUGCAUUGGAGCUGCAGGUUCCUUGAGGGUGCCCCUCUCAACUUACAAAAGGGGACCUAACCUUGGGGUAUCCUCUCCCUCCCCCAGUGCAGCUGUUCUGAUCCAGUUUGCCCCUUCCUGGUAGCUGCUCUUUAAUUAAAACAGAGGGGAGCCUACUGACAGACCUCUUGUGUUAUGCCAUGUCAUGAUCAGCUCUCAGUGGCAAUUGUGGGGACCAAACUUACCUCUGUCUGCCUAGGUAGUUAAGUUUCUUGAUUCACAUUACAGUGUCAGUGACAUUGAAACAGUGGGAUGCUUCCCUCCCCCAUUCUGGAGAGCCCCAGUGUUUAUUUUUGGGGGCUUAAUGCCAGCCAGGUGAAGUAAGCUACUUUUGUGAUUUAAUAAGUGGGGUGCUGGGGUUAAGCUAUAGUAAAAUCGCAGCAGGGGCUUGUGGAUCUAUGGCUAGGGUCUCAUUGGCCUCUCUCUUUUGUUGCAAAUGGACCACAAUGUAGAACAACAGUAGGGAAAGUUUGGUUCAAGGGCCAACAUAUGCCCCAGAAUCCCCAUUUUGGAGCCCCUGAAAUCCCCCAGGUGUCCUUUGAAGUACCCCGGUCCCUCCAUACUUAAUGAAACGGCUGAAUUUUCAUUCAAAAACACCCACCACCACUACCAGUUGCACAGCCAUGCUUCCUCAUUACACUCCUAAAUCCCAGAAAAUAUGUAAAAGUUGCUGCUUUUAGGCUGAACCCAGAACUGGAAUUGAUGUGUGUCACUUUCAGUUGUACUGGGAGUGAUAAUUAGGCCGGGGAGCAGAAGGGGUGGAUGGACCCUCCCUCCCUUUGCAGUUAUCCACCCCUGAUGCAGAAUUUUUGGGGUCCUUUUUAGACAAAGUCAAAGGUAAGUACUAAAGAAAUAGACCUUUUCAGGUGUAAGUGUAAUUCUAUAAAGCCUACUUCUUCCUAGAGCUUCCUUGACUGACAUUUCUGUUUGAGAAGGAGAUUUAGCUGCUUGAAUGAAUCUUUUUCCCCCAGUGCCUCCACUUUCACUUUGUUCGGUCUCAUAAAUGAAUACUUCCUCAAUCCAUUGCUGUGCUUUUCCACAAAACAAAUAUACUGAGAAUUGUACAGUUAAGAGUUUCUUCUGUAACAAUGAAAACUUGGACUUGAUACUGAAUACUUGUUGGGCUAGGGAGUUCACAGAUUAACAAAACAUGUUGCUUCAGGCAAAGCAUGGUCUUAGCAUAUGAUGAAAGCUUUGAUUUGAGGGGUAAGUGUGUAUGUACUUGUUAAUUCUAUUAUGUGCUGCCUUUAAACAAGUGUUUGCUAUGAUUUUGUAAAAGCUAUUAUUGAAGAUAAUCUAUGUGAUGCUUUUACUGUGAACCUGAUAUUAUUGUUGUGAAUAAUAUAAUUUAGUUGAAUAAUUUGGCCAAAUCAUUGGUCUUGCUUGCCCACUGAAAACUUGAUUGUCACUCAUUAUAAAACAAAACAGUUCUGUUCCUGGAGAGCAAAUGACGUGGAAAAUGAAUGUUGUUCUGGUGAGCAUAUUUUAGCAGAACUCAAAAGCACUGUUCAUAGUCUUUCUCACUGUGCAUGUCUUUUCCUUGUUUUCCUUUCCUUCAGUUUAAAACAAUACACAAAUGAAGAUUCUUGGAGUUAUGUGUGUAUAUGCUUAAGUGACUCAUCAGAUAUUUGUGAGCCUUAGGUUCUGUAUUCUUCUUGUGACAUUAUCUGGUCUUUCUGCUCUCUUGCCAACAUAUUCACAACUGAAUUCUGACUUUGUUUAGUACUGUAUAGUAUAGCAGAUAAAUUGUAAAGAGGGACAUGAGGUAUACACAGAAGAGCUUGAAAAAGUGCAUAUUGCCAACCUGGAUAUAUAAUAUCAGUGCUAUACAUACAUUAAAUGGGGUAUACUGUACCACUGUGCAGAAAAGUAUUGGGAUCCUCUGGAUCAUAUGGCACAGGAAACAAAGCUUUUGAUUUUUCCAAUCUAAAUAACAACAGCCAUGUGGAGAUACUACUUUAUAUCGGUGUUAUUCAUCUUGCUUUGCAUUUAAUAUCAGCUAGCGUGGGCAGUUUGAUCAGUUUGGUGACUGCCUGGGAGAAAUGAGAAAUUAUACUGGGUCUCUUAAAGUACAACAAAGCAUAAGCACUUAUUAAAUAUGAAAAGGCAAACAAUAGGUAUUUUAAAAUAGUAAAAGGGCAGCUUUAAAGGUAGAUUCCAAAUAAUUUACUUCACUGAACAUUGUAGUCUCACUUUUUAUGUUUCCAAAUUGUUAUCCCCCCCCCCCCCCCCGGACACUUGGUAGAUUUGGGAAAGUGGCCAGUUGACUUUGUGAUUUGCCAAGUGGACACACAUUGUAUGUAGCCACAGUCAAGUUUUGGUGGAUACUUAGCAGACUAGGAAAAUAUUGACUCUUAUCUGAAUUCAGAUAGCAAGUGUACCUCAUUCUAUCAUAUACUGGUUGUCUGUCUUUUCAUAAAAUGUUCCAGGUACCUUACAAUAGUAUAACAGACACACACACACACAUAUGUAUAUAGACAUAUUUUUAAAAACUUUGUUAAUGCCAUUUAACAAAGACAAGUAGAUAUUUGAAAGACCAUGCUAAAUCAGCACACACUCACACACACCUUUGUGAAGCCAUAUUUUCUGUAUGUUAAAAGCCCAGUAAUGUGGUAUGUAGGCAGACUUCUUUAGCAAAGCUUGGAGUUAUUUGGCUUGGCACUGAUAUGGCAGCAUUUAAUUGCUAAAGAAAAUUAAUUUGUUCAUAUUAAGGGAAAUUUAUCAAAUUAAUUUAUUUAAUUAGUCCUUUAAAUUAAGAAUAUUAAAUCAUUAAUGUGGCUUAAAAAUGAGCCCUAAUUCCCCAAUUACCUCAGUGAAGAAAAAUAUUUUUAGAAACAGUUAUAAUUUUUUUAACAAAUAUCAGUAAAGAAUUAGUUUUUUUUUAUUUCCAAGCUUGGGGAAGGUGUCACAUAAUUUUGGUUCUGCAUUUGAGAAGGCUCUGUCAAGUCUUCCUAUCUACUGUAGUCUAUAAACAGACUGUAGGAAAGUCAGCAGAAUCUUAAUUGUUAAAUAAAUGAAUAUGUUUGGAACUCCUCCCCUUCUUGCCCAUAAAUGCAAUCUUGACUGCUGUAUUUUAAAUCAAUUAAAGCACUUGAACACUUUUCUAAGCAGUCUCAAAGUACUUUGUAACAAACAACUCUUAGUGUAACUACAGCGUGAAUGACUGUGACAUAAUCUGAUUUUUCCACAAACGGAUGCAUUUGGUAAGUGUGCAGGAGCUGCUGAAAGACACUCCUAGUCACUGCCAGUAUUUGGGCAUCCAGGAGCAGUGUACUUGAAUAAGCUCUGUUUCUUUUUCUUAAGUGAUAGUGCCUUCAAAGUAAGAGUUCAGUCAUAUAUCCCCCCUCCUCUACCUCAUCUUUAUUGAUACCUUGCCUUUCCCCCCAAAAACUGGCACUCAAGGCACCUAAUUUAAUUGUUAAUGUUUUGUUUAAAUGCUCAGUAAGUACAGUUUGCAACUCAUUAAGGCACAUGCUUACUCAUAACGUCAAGUUUCUUUGUAGCCAAUUGUUUUUAGAUAAAUCCUGCUCCAGGAAUGUCCAUUGCUCUCCAUGAUGAGUGUGCUGACCUCCGCUGGUGACCAUGCCAAAUCUUGAGUUUCCUCUCGGCGUUGGAGAUCAUCCCCAUAGUUAUGUGGUGCUUUGGAGGCCCUGCAGAAACAAUUAUGCACCCCAGCCAUUCCCAGGAAAAGCCGAGGACUGCUUGAUGGUGCUGAAAGUGCCUUGCUAUUACAGCAGCAAGCUAACAAAUCUUACAUUUUCCUUUUUGGACACAAAGAGAGAAGCUGUUGGGGUGGAGGGUCAUUUAUUUCUAUCCUCCUAGAGCAGUUGUCUGAAAAGCAGUAUCAUACUGUGUUUGGCUACCUACGCAAUGAAACAUCUGCCCCCUACUCCCCUCCCUGAAUCCCUCUGUGCCACCUGAGAACUGGCUCUAGAAGGUGUGUCUUCCUUCUGAAGCAGCUUUUGAUGGAGUUGGGUAGACCUGUGGGGAUACAGACCUGAGAGUGUAUUCCCCUCUCCUGGUACUACAGGUAAAAGGAGAUAAUUUGUUAUGUGUAAGCAUAUGAUAUGUGUCCUCUUGGUUUAAGGUUUGAUAGGGUGAGUAUAGAACUGUUACUGAUGUUAUCUUAAUGUUCAGCAAACAGUGAUGUUAAAAUGAAUGGCAAAAGCCAUCACAGUUUACCACAUAGUGAUGCUGGUUAAACUUCCUAGCAGUAACUAAGGAUGACUGUUUCCCUCCAAUGUGAGUUAAAUUGGCUCUGUUCCAUUAGAAUUCCAGUGGCAUUCUAAGAACUAGGAUCUUGCUCUGUGGGAGACACUUACUCAUUGGCAUUAUACUUCAUAGGGAAGACAAAAGAAUAGGUUAUUUUUCUAAAAAAUAUUUUUCCGAUCUAAACAUACAAUGAUUAUAUUUCAAUCCAAAAAAACCCUCAUCAGUUUGAAUAUUGUGAUGUGCUGUGAUUGAUGACAGUUAGCCAGUGAUUACUUACCUACCUUUAUUUCACUUUUGUUUUGUUUAGCUUUACUGAAUAGAUUUUUCAUUGACUUCAUUUGAAAUAAUUUGACAGCAAAACAGUGGGAGAUCAAUUAGGGUGAGUCAUGUCUUCAUGUUCUGAGCUUGUAGAUUCCAAGGCUGAGCUUACUGCUUUGCUGGAGCAGUGGGAGAAAGAACAUGGCAGCGGACAAGACAUGGUUCCUAUACUUACUCGAAUGUCAGAAUUAAUUGAGAAGGAGACAGAAGAAUACCGCAAACGAGAUCCUGAUCCAUUUGAUGAUAGGCAUCCUGGUCGGGCGGAUCCAAAAUGUAUGCUUGGGCAUUUGCUGAGGAUACUCUUCAAGAAUGAUGAUUUCAUGAAUGCACUGGUGAAUGCUUAUGUGAUGACAAGCAGAGAACCUCCCUUGAAUACCACUGCUUGCCGACUCCUUUUGGACAUCAUGCCUGGGCUAGAAACUGCUGUUGUCUUUCAGGAGAAGGAAGGCAUAGUUGAGAAUCUCUUCAAGUGGGCACGAGAAGCUGAUCAGCCUCUGAGAACAUAUGCAACUGGGUUACUGGGAGGUGCCAUGGAGAACCAAGACAUUGCCGCCAACUACAGGGAUGAGAAUUCUCAAUUGGUGGCAUUCGUCCUUCAACGUUUGCGAGAGCUGCAAGUCCACGAAAUGAAUGCUAAACAUGAAAAUAAGCGGCCCAGUCCUCGAAAAGUGCCCUCAGACCCUCUGUUGCCUCUAGAUGAAGAGGCUGUGGACAUGGAUUAUGGAGACAUUGCUGCAGAUGGCGAGCAGGAGGAAGUUCCCAGAGACAUGGAAAUCUCAUUUAAUAUUGAUUCAAAUCACAAGAAUAGUAGUCGGGUGAACUCUGCCACGAAAAAACCAGGAAAGCAACAUGAAAGAGAGAAUUUCCGGAAAGCAAAACAAAAACUUGGGUUCUCAUCAGAGCCUGACAAGAUGUUUGUUGAACUGUCUAAUAGCAGCUGGUCUGAGAUGUCUCCUUGGGUCAUUGGCACAAACUAUAAUUUAUACCCUUUGACUCCUGCAAUAGAACAGAGACUAAUUCUGCAGUACUUGACUCCCUUAGGGGAGUAUCAAGAGCUGUUGCCCAUCUUCAUGCAACUUGGGUCGAGGGAGCUGAUGAUGUUCUAUAUUGAUUUGAAACGGACCAAUGAUGUAUUGCUCACAUUUGAAGCCCUAAAGUAUUUGGCAUCAUUGUUGCUCCACAACAAAUUUGCAACAGAGUUUGUAGCUCAUGGAGGAGUACAGAAGCUACUAGAGAUACCUCGUCCUUCCAUGGCAGCUACAGGUGUCUCUAUGUGCUUAUACUAUUUGUCUUACAAUCAGGAUGCUAUGGAAAGGGUGUGUAUGCAUCCUCAUGCAUUAUCAGAUGUUGUAAAUUACACCUUGUGGUUGAUGGAGUGCUCUCAUGCCUCGGGCUGCUGCCAUGCUACCAUGUUCUUCUCUAUUUGUUUCUCGUUCCGGGCAGUCUUAGAGCUCUUUGAUAGACAUGAUGGUUUGCGGCGUCUUGUUAACUUGAUCAGCACUCUAGAUAUCCUAAACUUGCAAACCCAAGGUGCUCUACUAAGUGAUGAUGAGAUCUUUGCUAGCCGUCAGACUGGGAAACACACUUGCAUGGCCAUGCGUAGGUAUUUUGAGGCACAUCUUGCCAUCAAAGUGGAACAAGUGAAGCAGUCACUCCAGCGCACAGAAGGUGGAAUUCUGGUCCAUCCGCAGCCUCCGUAUAAGGCUUGUUCCUACACACAUGAACAAAUUGUAGAGAUGAUGGAAUUUCUAAUAGAAUAUGGACCUGGACAGCUCUAUUGGGAUCCAGCAGAGGUCUUUCUCAAACUGUCUUGUGUGCAGCUUAUGCUCCAGCUUAUUUCAAUAGCAUGCAACUGGAAGACCUACUAUGCUAGGAAUGAUACAGUGCGUUAUGCUCUGGAUGUUUUGGCCAUCCUUACUGUGGUUCCCAAAAUCCAAUUACAGCUAGCAGAGGCAGUAGACACAGUGGAUGAGGGAGGAACUUCUAUUUCCAUUGUGGGUAUUAGCAUCAUUCUGGGACUUGCUGAAGGCGAAUUUUUUAUUCAUGAUGCAGAGAUCCAGAAGUCAGCACUGCAGAUCAUCAUUAAUUGUGUAUGUGGCCCAGAUAAUCGCAUCUCGAGCAUUGGGAAAUUCAUCUCUGGCACCCCUCGUCGGGCACUGCCCCAAGCACCCAGGAGCAGUGAGCACACUUUGGCCAAAAUGUGGAAUGUGGUGCAAUCCAAUAAUGGCAUCAAAGUCCUGCUGUCUUUGUUGUCUGUAAAAAUGCCCAUUACAGAUGCAGACCAGAUCCGAGCACUGGCCUGCAAGGCCUUGGUUGGGUUGUCCCGGAGUAGCACAGUCCGGCAGAUCAUCAGCAAAUUGCCCCUAUUCAGUAGCUGCCAGAUCCAACAGCUGAUGAAGGAGCCUGUGCUUCAGGAUAAGCGCAGCGAGCAUGUGAAAUUCUGCAAGUAUGCGGCUGAGCUGAUUGAGCGUGUUUCAGGAAAACCCUUGUUGAUUGGGACAGAUGUCUCCCUGGCUCGACUGCAGAAAGCAGAUGUGGUGGCUCAGUCAAGGAUCUCAUUCCCUGAGAAGGAGCUACUCCUUUUGAUCAGGAACCAUCUCAUCUCUAAAGGGCUUGGAGAAACAGCUACCAUCCUUACCAAAGAGGCGGAUUUACCCAUGACAGCAGCUUCUCACUCCUCUGCCUUCACCCCAGUUCCUGCCGCUGCCUCUCCUGUGUCUCUGCCUCGUACCCCUCGUAUAGCAAAUGGCAUUUCAGCCCGGUUGACUAACCAUCCUUCUGUGGGUCCUGUUCCUGCCUCUGUCCAUGCCCAGCCAAGGCAGACUGCUUGCCAAAGCUCACUUGCACUUCCGGGCCCAUCUCAUGCCACCAACGCGCCUGUGAUUGGCAGGAUUAGCUUCGUCCGAGAGCGGCCAUCUCCUUGCAAUGGCAGGAAAAUCCGAGUCCUCCGGCAAAAGUCAGACCAUGGCGCCUACAGCCAGAGCCCAGCCAUCAAAAAACAGCUGGACAGGCAUCUCCCUUCCCCUCCCACACUGGACAGCAUAAUCACAGAGUACCUUAGGGAGCAGCAUGCCCGCUGCAAGAACCCCGUGGCCACUUGCCCCCCAUUUUCUCUUUUUACACCUCACCAGUGUCCUGAGCCCAAACAGAGGCGCCAAGCGCCAACUAACUUUACCUCACGGCUCACCCGCAGGGCAGCCUUUCCAAAGUAUGGCGGGGUGGAUGGUGGAUGCUUUGAUAGACAUCUAAUAUUCGGCAGAUUCCGUCCAAUUUCUGUGUUCCGGGAAGCAAAUGAAGAUGAAAGUGGUUUCACAUGUUGUGCUUUCUCUGCUCGGGAGCGAUUCCUGAUGCUGGGCACCUGCACGGGGCACCUGAAACUGUACAAUGUCUUUAGUGGGCAAGAGGAGGCUAGCUAUAAGUGCCAUAACUCAGCCAUCACACACCUUGAGCCAUCCAGGGAUGGCUCUUUAUUGCUGACGUCUGCUUCAUGGAGUCAGCCUCUUUCUGCACUGUGGGGAAUGAAGACAGUCUUUGAAACCAAGCAUUCAUUCACGGAUGACCACUAUGUGGAAUUCAGCAAGCAUUCUCAGGACAGGGUCAUUGGCACAAAGGGGGAUAUUGCUCAUAUCUAUGAUAUUCAGACUGGCAACAAGCUGUUGACUCUGUUUAAUCCAGAUCUUGCAAACAACUACAAGAAGAAUUGUGCCACCUUUAACCCCACAGAUGACCUUGUCUUAAAUGAUGGUGUCCUUUGGGAUGUCCGCUCUGCACAGGCUAUACAUAAAUUUGAUAAAUUCAAUAUGACCAUUAGUGGUGUUUUUCAUCCAAAUGGGCUGGAAGUCAUAGUCAACACAGAGAUUUGGGACCUGCGGACUUUCCAUUUGCUACACACAGUGCCAGCCUUGGAUCAGUGUCGUGUUGUCUUCAACCACACUGGAACAGUCAUGUAUGGAGCUAUGUUACAGGCUGAUGAUGAAGAUGACUUGCUGGAAGAGAGGAUGCGAAGCCCCUUUGGGUCAUCAUUCAGGACAUUCAACGCAACAGAUUACAAACCAAUUGCAACCAUUGAUGUAAAAAGAAACAUUUUUGACUUGUGUACAGACACAAAGGAUUGUUACUUGGCAGUUAUUGAGAACCAAGGAAGCAUGGAUGCCAUGAACAUGGACACUGUUUGCAGGCUGUAUGAAGUGGGCAGGCAGCGUUUGGCAGAAGAUGAAGAAGAUGAGGAAGAAGACCAGAAGCCUAUGGAGGAGGAGGAACAGGAAGAAGAUGAUGAUGAGGAUGAAGAUGAUACAGAUGACCUUGAUGAACUGGAUACCGAUCAGCUGCUGGAAGCUGAUCUAGAGGAAGAGGAAAACAAUGACAAUGCAGGAGAGGAUGGAGAAAAUGAUUUCUCACCUUCAGAUGAUGAGGAACUGGCGAACUUGCUAGAAGAGGGGGACGAAGGGGAGGAUGAAGAUUCUGAUGCAGAUGAGGAAGUUGAGCUCAUCCUUGGUGACACUGACAGCUCAGAUAAUUUGGAUUUGGAAGAUGACAUAAUGUUGUCUCUGAAUGAAUGAAGAGUGGCCAUCCUACAGGAUGUUGGCAGCAGGAAAGCUCCCGUCUCAGAAGCCAGGAGACCAAAUCAGGAGGCGAUACUUUACACCCUCUCAGAUUGUAAUUCUUGGGCGAACAUCUAAAGAACUCCAGCCCUUCUGAUCUUGCAGCGGACAGAUACUGUACAUGCGGCUGGCAUGACCAGAGCCUCCCUACAGAGACCAGGGGCUUGGCCUUUAAUUUCUUUUAUUCUUUUGGUUUUUAGGAUGAGGCAAGACUCUCCUCUCCAGGGAGACUUCUGAAGAUAUUUCACAGUAUAUUUUCUUUGUAUAAAGUUCUUUCCUAAAGAACAGAAAUAGUUUUAUAUGAAAUAAAAAAGGAUUAAAAAAACAGGCAGAUGUUAUAAAGAAGGUACAAAUUUGUAUCCUAAUAUUUAGUCACCAUGAUAAAUUUCUGGGGGAGAAAAAGAAGUUAAAAAAUAACAAAAAGGGCAUUUUUAUUGAAAAGAGAAGGGUGGGAGAAAGUGAAUCAUGGAUUGCAAAAACUGUUGAUGAGUGAUUUUUAUUUUGCAUAUAAUUUUUUAAUAGAGGUGUUGCUACCUGCUGUGAAAUGUUCAUUUUUUGGUCAGAUGCCUUUUGUCCUGUCAAGAGCCCCAUGAGACUUCUGGCUGUGAUGCCACAGUGAAAGGCUGGAGGUCCUGUUCAGAACCUGCCAUUGCUGGAGAUGUAGGACUCAUCUAUAAGUUCCCCUUCAUGCCAUCCCAUCCUUGUGAUUGAAAUUUUUAAAUCUCCCCCCUUUCCCUUCUGCCCUUUGUGUGAAAACUGCAAAUUGAAGGCCUUUUUCUUUAAUGUAAAUUGUAUUUAUUAAAAAAAUAAAUAAAAUAAAAUUCAUUUGCUGCCUUUGUUGGAU